AUGUCAGAAUAUCCGUUGUCGUCAGGGGACGACCUACUCAGCCAUGAUAGGGUGAUUGAUCCGAGCUACAUCAAAGCUGGCAGUACUGAGUCCCAGUACUCAGCGCAGCCAUGGAACCACUGCGAAAAUGCUUUGCAAUCAUACCUGAGUCUCAGGUUUUCGGCAAGGCAGAACUUUCUUGACCAACUCAAGGGAAUUUCUGGGGAGGGCUACCAACGCACAAUUCGCGAAAUUCGACGGAUCGAUGAACACCGCAACAAGUUUCUGAGCUAUUCAAACAAGCAAGAUCUCAUCAAUAGCCUCCGCGACGCCCAUUCUAAAUGGAAGAAGACAGUAUUCAAUGCUUCUGAACUUGAGGAAAUCAGCCGCGAACGUAAGAAGCGAUUGAAGCAAUUGGAGAAUGCUUCGACAAGGAAGGUUGCAACUAACUCGCAGAAGGCGCUGUAUAUGAAUCACACGAAAAUACUACGCAAUUGGGACGCAAAACAUCUCGAGAGUCUCAAGCAGACUGUUGGAAGGUAUGGUCGAGACAGUCCAGUCUCAAAUGGCCUGCGCCCAAACCAAAGCGCUUCAGUACCCACACAGGACCCAUCUGGACCUGGUGCCGAAGAACGUCCCUUGCAGGACGCAGAGGAAGAACUACAACGCGCUUCUGAUUCAUACUAUGGGCUUAAAGCCGGAGCAAUGUACUUCACGAAAGGUUCUGACGGAACUCUGAGAGGGAUUGAUUCUAACAAUGGAAACUACCGAGGAUCAAAGUUUCCCGACCAAAAGAUAGCAAUGGAGACUAUCUUGGACGGCGCAGAUGAUAAUCCCCUUUCGGAAGAGUGUCCAAAGGAUACAAUACGAUACUUCCAUAUUCCUAGUAACAACAUGGAAUGGAUUGAGAAAGCCAUUAAGCAGCACUACGGCAAUCAGCUCACUGCGCCAAACGAUUGUACGAGACUCUUGGCCAGAGAGCACUGGCUUGGCCAAAUGCAUGGCGGUGGAACAGCGCCGGUACACUCAAGACAUAUGAGAUCGAAAUGCCUACUGAUUCCCCGAGAAGCAGAACCAAAUCACCCAACGAGUCAGUCAUCAGGCAGUAUACCGACCAGUUCCAAUCCAGAGAGCGCUCAUGAGCCUCAAUCUGCUGCAGUCAGUCUUGCAGGGAAUAACGUUGCGAUAUUCUUGCCAUAUUUGCACUGGGAGAUGAGCAGUCGCCGUGCGCAAAUGGUCAAUGUAGUAAACGAAGCGAUAAGUGCCAAUUCUAUCUCGAGCAGCAAGAAGCUCCGUUUGAUACAUACUGUCUCCGACGUCUGGAAGAAGAAUAAGACAUCGAAAAAGGUAGUCAACAGCAAGAACAAAGAGCCACCGCUACGAAGAAUGUAUCUGGGGCAGUAUUUAUUGGCACUAGCCCGUUUGGCAGAGGAGAUGGACUAUGAAGCGCAUGAGAGGUUGCUGAGGGAUAAUGUCGAUAAAGACCCGCCUCUGCACAUCCGUCGCACACUUGAUCAAUAUUAUUUUCUUACUUUGGAAAACACCUCUGAGAGAGACAAAGAUCAAGUUGUGUAUCGAGGAACUAAGCCGCGUGACUCUCCCACACGGGUCGUUAUGGUCGAUCAAUUAUGGCUAUGGAUCUUGAAUGACAAUACAAUCAUCACGUCAUUCCCCAGACGGUGGGGAAGAAACAAGCCUGAUGCAUCGGGUGUUCACAAAAGCUUGAGAGUGCGACUCCGCAAAGGAACAGAGGAGAUCAGGUCCAUCCACCACCUUGCUAUGAUAAUCGUAGAUCAAUGUUCUCGUGUUUUCUUUGAUCGCACUCGGCCCCUAGAUCAGCGCCCAGAGGUUAUGGACUUGUUCGCUGAAGCUAUUGGCACUGUGACCGAAAAAACGAGAAUCGCGUACGAUCAUUUCUGGAGAGCUAUCGCUCAAGCCUCACACAAGGUGCCAAUGGUGAUUAACCCUGAGGGAAUACUCCUGAAGGAAGCCCAAGAUAUCACCGAGGAGCUUAUGAUUAUGAAGCGAGUGUAUUCAGAGCAGCUUAAAGUCAUGAAAGACUUCGAGCGGCAUCUUUCCCACCCCCAUGGACGGCAGCCAACAACUUCAGGAUAUACACUCGUGCCAAACGAGCUCUUAUUUAACUCCGCUGACCAGCUAGUGCGUGAUCUUAACAGCGUGGAAUCCAAGAUCUCCAACUUCGAAGGGCAAGGACGUAAAGAAUCUGUGUAUGAAGCUCGUGACCUAGUCGAAUUGCUACUCGCCCGCCGGGAUGAGAUUCAGGAUUUAGAAGAAGCAGCACUAAGGGCAUGCAAACAGGCGCUUCUUUCUCUGAAACAACAGCAAGCAUCGAUCGUCGACGCGAGAGCAGCUCUCGACACAGCACACCAGACCUACCAGCAGGGUCGCACAAUUCAAGCUUUCACCAUCGUAACCAUUGUAUUUCUUCCCUUAAGUUUCAUUGCAGCAUUCUUCGGUAUGAACAACCAGGAGAUUAACGAGUCGCACUGGAUGAGUCUCUGGGCACAGAUCAAGUGGUUGUUCGGAGGGACAGCGGUGGUUAUCUUCAUCUCACUGUCGCUUGCCUUCGGUGCCUGGUUCCAUGCCCUGAGCGCGUGGAUCAAGGCUGCUCUACGUCUUUGUUUCGACGUUACGUGGGCGCUCCUCUCUGAUCGGACCAAGAUGAUAAGGCUUUACGAUUGGUGGAGAGCCAGCUUGUUCAACAGUAACAAUAUUGAUCGUAGUCGUGAGCGCUUACUAGCACGAAUUGACAAAAAGCGACGAGAGAGGCUGGCAUGGCAGGAGGAAGCUGGUAUGAGUUUGGUUUCGCAGAGAGGCGAGGUGGAUAGGGGUAAUCAGGAGGUUCCGGAUACCAGAUUACCUCAGCAACUUAAUGGAAGAGCGAGUGGGACAACGGACAACAUCGUGUAG